GGUUGUGAAUGUCGAAGAUCAGCUCGAUUUACGGCAGUUUCGCGAUCAACCGGGCAGAUGGGGCCAGGCCAUGGAACCCAAUUGACGCAACCAAGAGGAAGCUAUGGAAUCACAGCGCCCGAGCCUCUUCGCAUCUCAGGAUUCCUCCUGCUCUGUAUCUUCUUCUUCUUCGUCUUCUUCACCAGCCCCCGCUGUCGCCAUGCGCCGAUUUGCUAGGGACGGACGGAAGGAACAAUCGGCACAGUAAGAGAGGGGGAGAGGAUCUCUGGAAGCGCACGGGUGAUAGCAUGGUGGAAGAGUAGACAAGGUGCCCCGGAUCGCCAUGGCUUCUGAAAUUGAGUGGCACAAGCGAUCGGGGAAGUCCGUGCUGGAUGGGUUCGGCCGCUCCCUUGCCCGAAGAGGUCUCGACAUCCUCGACAUGACCGGGGUUACAACUCUCGGAGAGUACCAGCACAGCUCCAGGCAGCUCAUCGACGGAGUGAUUCGCAACCGUGUCGAGGAGAGCCUCGGAGCCGCCAAAUUCGAGAAGAUUUGCAAGCAGCGCACCGUUCUGGAACACAUACACUACUGCCAGUCAGGUCUGUCGUUCGUAAACGGGUUUCACAAUCCGCACAAAGUGGUACCCGGGUCGGGAGUCAGCGCUCUCGGCGAGGCAUUAGCGGUGGCGUCCGUCCUCAACCAUGACUAUCUCGUGCUGGAAUUACGCUGUGGCCGUGACUGUGGCGAGACUCUUUUCAUACGAGCCGAGAAGUCUGGCCACCCUCCACACCAGGCUGGGAUCAUUCUCACAGUGGACCCCAAGUUCAAAGAAACCGAGGAAAGCAUCCGUCUCUUCACAAUUCGCUGCGGUGACAAGGAAAUAGGGUUUCAAGACAUUCUCGCCAUUCUAGCAGACCACAGCCCGGAUUACUCUCUCCGAGACCAAAACUGCUGGCAGUACACUCGCCGGACGGCUAGACGGCUGCUUCAUCGGUGCAAGCAGCUGCCAGAUUUAAGUGCGGAGGAAAUUGGUCGACUGCAGACGGAGGAGGACACCAUGGAAUCCAGGAUCGCCACCAGUCAUCUGAGGCGCGUUGUGAACAAAGGCAAGAGGGAGAUGAAGAACCUUUGGUCCAGAACUCGCGGCUGAUUUUGACGACACCGCUCACAACUUCAAAUCGCCGACUAUGUUUCGGAUUUAGCCUCAAUCAGACCACACACACACACACACACAGUCUUCCGCAAUCAGCUUCACGUUCUCAUGCUGCGCUGCACCUCCUCAGUGACAAUCAAAACCAGUGAGGAUUAUACAAGCUGCACCUAUUUGCACCCACUGGUUCCCACCAAUUCGGUCCAUUGCUCUGCCUGUUUUGCACAUGAAACUUGUGGAUUCUUUCACAGUUAACGCAAAUGCAAAUGCAAAAGUGGAAACUGAUGGCUUGCUUGAAGGUUUCGGUGCUUGUCUCUUUUGUACUCUCCUCUCCGCAAUCUACCAACAAACUUGUUGUCUUUCAUUCUGAUUAGUUGUGCUAGAAACUUAUGAAAUUGCUUCUCGUGUCUUUCGUCUGAUCAGUUUCUUGCUUUGGAAGCAUUUUUUAUGAACUCUAACUAGUUUUCUUUUGGCUGUGAAAGCACCAUCUUUCGUUGUGUGGUUGAAAGAUAAAUUAUAAAUGUGGUGAUCAUAUACGAUUAGUAGUCUGUAUUUCAUUCGCAUAAGAAGUAAUGUGAAUGAUGAGUUGUAUUAA